UCCCCUCAGACCUCAGUUCUAAGCAGCUCCCCUCAGACCAACAUUCUCACCAGCUCCCCUCAGACCUCAGUUCUAAGCAGCUUCCCUCAGACCAACAUUCUAACCAGCUCACCUCAGACCAACAUUCUCACCAGCUCCCCUCAGACCAACAUUCUCACCAGCUCCCCUCAGACCAGCAUUCUCACCAGCUCACCUCAGACCAUUUUGACCAGCUCCCCUCAGAGCAUUAUUCUGACAAGCUCCCCUCAGACCAACGAUCUCACCAGCUCCCCUCAGACCAUUAUUCUGACAACCUCCCCUCAGACCUCCAUUCUAAGCAGCUCCCCUCAGACCAACAUUUUCAGCAGCUCCCCUCAGACCUCAGUUCUAAGCAGCUCACCUCAGACCAACAUUCUCACCAGCUCCAUUGUACCGACAUCUAUAAAUGUCACUCACAUUCUAGCAAGCUCAACUCAAACUUCAAUAUCAGUUACAUCUGAUGUCGGAGCGAUUUCCAGCUUGAGGGUGUCAUCUACUAACAGCUUUCUAAGCUCAUCAGUAGCGCCCAUUAAUAAUCUUCCCAGCAGUUUUAUUACCUCAUCGCAAUCAUCAGAUGCCAUCUUGUCCACAUUCACUGCGAUGUCAUCACCACCAGUAGCUGACAGCCUGGUAAUUUCAACCAUGACAUCAACAAAACUAUUGACUGAAAGUCCACCCAGCUCAUCAACUGACAUUGUGACCAGCUCUUCCUUGACGACAUCGCUACCUAUGACACACAGCCUCACUAGCUCUACUGUCCAGUCAUCUGUGUCACUAAGUGACACCUUCUCCAGCUUUGUGAUGUCAUUGUCACCCUCUACUGACAUGUUUCAUAGCUCCACUAUGACACUAUCGCAAUCAAUGACUGACAUACUGGUCAAUACUCUGUCACCUUCACACUCUGUGACUGACAGUCCAUCCAUCUCCACUGUCACGUCAUCAUUGUCAGAGACGGAGAACGUGCCAAGUGUCACUGUGUCGUCACAAGCAGAAGUCACUGGCAGUCUGAGAUUAACUGUGACAUCCUUACUUCACUCGACUUAUGACAUGACAAGCGCCACUUUGAUGCCAUCAACGACUGAUACUGUGACCAGCUCUCUUGUGACGUCAUUACUGCCCUCGACUGACACUUCUCCAAUCUCCAUCUUGACAUCAUCGCUAGUCAGCUCCACUUUAUCAUUAGCUGACAUUCUGGCAGGCUCCAUUGUCACUUCAGUAUCACAUACUGACACCAUGCCAAGCUCUACUUUGAUAUCCUCGCUAUCCUCAACUGAUAUUGCAUCAACCUCUACACUGUCGUCAUCGCAGUCCUUGAGUACAAGCACAUCCAGCUCCAUGGAGCUAUCCUCGACUGACACUGUGGCCAGCUCAGCUGUGGCCUCCUCACUAUCAUCAACUACGACUGCAGGCAGUUUUACUGUGACUGACAGUUUCACUGUCACUUCACCAGGAAUAUUUACCGAGAAGCUGACCACUAUGACGUCAUCUCUAACCUCGACUGACACUUCGGCCAGUUCCACUUUGACAUCAGCACUAUCCUCAAGUGACACUUUGGCGAGCUCCAUUGUAAUGUCAUGGCUAUCCUCUACUGAAAGUGCUGCUCCCUCAACUCUGACAUCAUCGCUAUCCCCAACUGACACUUUGGUCAGAUCCUCCUUAACGUCAAUGCCCUCGUUAAGUGACAAAACUUCGGUCACUUCUAUCUUAACCUCAUCACUGUCAUCGACGGACAUUUCAGCGAGCUUGACUGUGACUGACAUCUCCGCUGUGACGUCACCAGUAUUUACUGACAGUGUCAGCUUUACUAGGAUUCCUCUGCUAUCCUCGAUCAACCUUCUGGACAGUUCCACUUGGACAUCACCGAUGUCCUUUACUGCCACUGUGCCGACCUCUACUGUCAUCUCAUCGCUGCAUUCCACUGACAGCAUUUCCAACAUCAUUCCCACGUCAUCGAUAUUAUUAAUGGACAUCCUUACAGGUUUGACUGUGUCUGCCAUGACCUCGCCAGUGACAUUUACUGACAGCCUGACCAGCUCACCUUUGACAUCAUCUCUACCCUCGGUCAGUGUCACUUCGACAUCGUUACUAUCCUCCACUGAUUCUGUCAGCUCCAUUUCGACAUUAUCAUCCACACACCUGGCAGCUUUCUCUACUGUGACAUCGUUGCUAUCCUCAUCUGACACCGCGUCUAGUUUCACUUUGUCCUCUCAGCCGUCAUCACUAUCAUCAUCUGACAUCGUCGCCAGCUCUACUGUGGCUUCACUCGGAUCUUCUGACAGUCUGACAGGCUUUACUCAGACAUCAUUCCUGCCCUCAACUGACAGUCUCACCACUUUAGCUUUAAUGUCAACCCUAUCCUCGACUGAUGUUGUGGUUAGCACUACAUUGACAUCAUCGCAAUCCUCAAGUCACAUGAUCUACAGCUCUACAGUGAGUGAGAGUUUAUCUGUGACGUCACCAGUAGUUUUAACCGAGAGGCUGGCAAGCUCCACUUUAAUAUCAUCACUGUCCUCAGUUGACACUUCCACCACUUCCACUUUGACCCCAUGGUUAUCAUCAUCAUCAUCACCCUCUCCUAUCAUUUCCAGCUCCACUUUCACUCCUUCGCUGUCAUCAAUCGACACUCAAGCAACCUCUACUUUCACAUCAUCAGUAAUACCCACAACAAGUAUGUCCAGCUUCACUUUGACCCCAUCGCUAUCAUCGACUUUCAUUGUGGCCAGUUCCACUGAGACAGAGACAUCCCCUGGGACGUCAGCCUUGCCAUUUAUGGACAGUCUGGUCAGCUCCACUUUGAUGUCGGCGCUAACCUCGAUUGACAAUGCGGCUAGCACUACUUCGACAUCUGUGUCCACGACUGACAAUUUGGCCAGUUUGACUCUGACAUUAUUAUCAUCAUCAUCAUCAUCAUCAUCAUCAUCAUCACCCUCUCCUAUCAUUUCCAGCUCCCCUUUAACGCCUUCGCAGUCAUCAAUUGACACUCAAGCCACCUCUACUUUCACCUCAUCAGUAAUACUCACAACAAGUAUGUCCAGCUCCACUUGGACGCCAUCGUUGUUCUCCACUGAAACUUCAUCAAGUUCUUUUUCCAGCUCAUCACUAUUAUCGACUGACAUUGUAACCAGUUCCCUGACGAACUUACCAGUUGUAACCACUGACAUCCUGGCCAGCUCAACUUUGACCUCCUUGCUGUCCUCGUCUGACAGUUUAACUAGCUCAACCCUGACGUCAUCCCUGUCCUCAAAAGAUCCGUCGACGAAUUUGCUUUUGGCAUUAUCUCAAUUUUCGACUGACACACCGUCCAGCUCCACUUGGACAUCAUCGGGAGGACCAACGACUAGCAUGUCAAGUGCCCCUUUGACGUCAUCAUUUUUAUCAACUGACAUACUGGUCAGUUCCACUUGGACGUCAUCGCCAUCCUCAACUGACAGUUCAGCUAGCUCAGCCUUAAUGUCAUCACUGUCCUCGAUGGAUCCUUCGCUUUCGACGUCCUCUUUCACAUCGCUGGUAUCCUCGACUGACAUUGUGGAUAGCUCUACCUUGAAGUCAUUGGAAUCCUCGAGUGCUAGCAUAUCCAAGACCAUUUUGACAUCAUCGCUAUCCUUGAAUGAUUCUCCGACAAGCUCCAUUUCGACAUUCUCUAUAUCAUCCACUGUGACGUCGUUGCUAUCGACCUUUGACCCUGCGUCUAAUUUUCUUCUGACGUCUUUGUUAUCGCAUACUGAUAGUACCUCUACCUUGCCGUCAUUUAUAUCAUCAUCUGACAUUGUCACCAGCUCAGCUGCGACAUCAUUUGAAGGAUUUACUGACAGUCCUACUAGCUUUACUUUAACUUCAUCAUUACCCUCGAGUGACAGUCUUUCUAGCUUUACUUUGACGACAUCAUUACCCUCGAGUGACAGUCUUUCUAGCUUUACUUUGACAUCAUCAUUACCCUCAACUGACAGUCUUUCUAGCUUUACUUUGACAUCAUCAUUACCCUCUACAGACAGUCUUUCUAGCUUUACUUUGACAUCAUCAUUACCCUCGAGUGACAGUCUUACAAACUUUACUGUGACAUCAUCAUUACCCUCAACUGACAGUCUUUCUAGCUUUACUUUGACGACAUCAUUACCCUCGAGUGACAGUCUUACAAGCUUUACUUUGACAUCAUCAUUACCCUCCAGUGACAGUCUUUCUAGCUUUACUUUGACAUCUUCAUUACCCUCGAGUGACAGUCUUACUAGCGUUACUUUUACAUCAUCAUUAUCCUCUACAGACAGUCUUACUAGCUUUACUUUGACAUCAUCAUUACCUUCCACUGACAGUCUUACUAGCUUUACUUUGACAUCAUCAUUACCCUCGAGUGACAGUCUUACAAGCUUUACUGUGACAUCAUCAUUACCCUCAACUGACAGUCUUUCUAUCUUUACUUUGACAUCAUCAUUACCCUCGAGUGACAGUCAUUCUAGCUUUACUUUGACAUCUUCAUUACCCUCAACUGACAGUCAGGCUACUUCAACUUUGACGACAUCCCUAUCUUCCAGUGACAGUCUUUCUAGCUUUACUUUGACAUCUUCAUUACCCUCGAGUGACAGGCUUUCUAGCUUUACUUUGACAUCAUCAUUACCCUCGAGUGACAGGCUUUCUAGCUUUACUUUGACAUCAUCAUUACCCUCGAGUGACAGUCUUUCUAGCUUUACUUUGACAUCAUCAUUACCCUCAACUGACAGUCUUUCUAGCUUUACUUUGACAUCUUCAUUACCCUCAACUGACAGUCUUUCUAGCUUUACUUUGACAUCAUCAUUACCCUCGAGUGACAGUCUUACUAGCUUUACUUUGACGUCAUCAUUACCCUCCACUGACAGUCUUACUAGCUUUAUGCUAACGUCAUCAGAACCCUCAACUAACAGUCUGGCCACCUUAACUCCGACAUCAUUGAUAUCCUCGACUGAUAUUGUUCCCAGCACGACAAUCACGUCACCACAAUUCUUUAGCAACACCAUAUCCAGUUCCACUCUGACGUCAUCGAUAUCGUCAACUGACAGUUCAGCGAGCUCAGCCUUGACCUUGUCCUCGAUUGAUCCCUCAGCCACCUUGCUUUUAACGUCCUCGCUGUCCUCGACUGACAUACCAUCCAGCUCCACUUCAUCGCUAUUCUCAACUGACAGCUCCACUAUGAAGUCAUCGCUACUGUCAUCUGACGUUUUCGACAUCUCCACUAGUACAGAAACGUCAAUCAUGCCUUCAUCGGAGGGACUUACUAGCAGUCUGGCCAGUUCCUCGUUGACAUCUGUGCCAUCCUCGACUGACAUUGCUGACAGCUCUACUGUAACGCCAUUUAUAACUUCGGCCAGCUCGAGUCUGAUGUCAUUGUUAUCUCCAACUGCUACUUCGUCCAGUGUCACUUUGAUGUCAUCUUCUUUCACUGACAGUGCGCCCAGCUCUACAUUGUCACCAUCCUCGGUUGACACUAUGGCUAGUGUCACUUUGACGGCAUCGCUAUCCUCUAUUGAAACUUCGUCCAGCUCAACUUUGACCCCAUCUCUAUCAUCGACUUCUAUUAUUGCCAGUUCCACCGAGACAGGGGGAACCCCCGUGACGUCAUCAUUAACGUUUAAGGACAGUCUGGCCAGCAGCACUUUGAUGUCAACACUGACACCGACUGACAGUGCGGCUUCUUUGACACCUGUGUCCACGACUGACAUUUUGUCCACUGAGGCCACUGCCACCAUUUCCAGUUCCUCUUUGUCGUCUUCAUUUUCAUCAAUUACAUUCAACUCCCCUUUGACAUCAAGUGACGCCCCGGCUAGCUCCACUUGGACGCCAUCGCUGUCAUCCAUCGACACUUUAUCCAAUUCAUCAUCCAGCUCCUCGUUAUCGUCGACUGCCAUUGUCACCAGUUCCAUUGUGAAUUCUUUAGUUGUAACUACUGACAUCCAGGCCAGCUCCACUUUGACUUUCUUUCUAUCCUCGACUGUCACAGCAUCCAGCUCCUCUUAGUCGUCAUAACUACUCAACUGACAGAUCGACUAUGACGUCAUCGCUACUGUCAUUUUUACCUUGAUAUCAUCGCUAUCAUCGCUAGACUCAUGUCAUCACUACUAUCCCUCACUGACAUAGCUACUGUCUCACCUGUCAUCGCUGUUUGACUGAUACUUUUGCUACCUCAACCUCGACAUUACUGUCAUCACAGACUAACUCUUUGAUUUUGACAUCGUCGCUGUUAUCAACUGUCGCCAGCUCCACUGUUAGUCCAACCUCUACUUCGUUGUCAUCGCUUUCCUCGACAUACAUCAGCUUUAUUGUUAGUGGGUGACACACCCCACGUGACUGUGAUAGGCCCGGUUAUUCCCCGAUCACUUGUGAUGAUGAUGGUGACAGCCCAGGACUGGUCCACAGACGACCCUGACAACACCCACUGACCUCCCAACGACAAACUAGUGCUUCGGGUGGCUGUUGUUUGGAAACUAACAUAAACACAGACAUCAAGGGUAUCCUCCUGCUUAUCUACUGCUUUGGUGUCACGUGAUGUCGUAAUGGGUGGUGUACUGUGUCCUCCCAAACACAGCAUGAUCGGUGUCAGGUACUAACACCCUAACAGAGGACCCUGCGGUGUCAUUUACUGUCAUUAUUACAGACGUCACUGUAACCAUGACAACAGGUCUGUCUUCUGUAUAACCGACAAUGACAGUCCUUCCGCUGGUUGUGUGUAAACAUCAGUACCAGUGACAUGUCAACAACUGCAUGGCAGACUGUAUGCCCUCCUACCAUUACAACCAAUAACAGUAUACCCUUGUCAUCAAUACCCGGGUAUGGCUGCCAUUGUAUCAGGUACUAACCUCAGAGCCAAGUGCAUGCUGGUCUUAUGUCAGACGUCGAUGUAGCCAUGGAAACUAACUGUAUCAUCAACUACAUCUGUGUCAGCAUGUGCCAUCGUAAUGGGAGGAAAUGUAACCUCAUCAGUCACCUGUACACACCUGUACACACCUGUACACACCUGUGACGUCGAUGCCACUGUCCACGCCUCGUGUGUCCUGCCAUCAGUGCCCUCACCUUUGUCAGUAACUGUCUUCGCUCUUUUCUCAACAGCGCCUCUAGUCCAGUAACAGAGUCCACGUCUUCGCCUGGAGGUUCCCUGGACCCCACUGGACCCUCCUAACCAGAGCAAGACCUGGCCAACCCUCGGCCACCUACAGACAUCACACAAGGAUCUGUCCCAAUCGCUCUCCUUCUCCAUGUCCUCCUCGAUCGAAGGAUCACCUGCUCCUUCACAACUUCUGGAAUCGUCAUCAAUGCUGAAUGACUGCUACAAACAUUGUCGUCGAUGACCGUUGCAGACCUUGGUCCUUCUGUCCCAUUGACCAUCGGACCAAUUUGAUGUUUCUGAUGAGUUCGUCUAAGAUGACCUUUGACAUCCAUUUCAUCUUGAAGCAGAUCUUCUUUCUUUCUCGUUUGUAACCGCAAACUUGUCUUUUUUUUAUUGUUAAUCCUUUGAUGACAUCAUUGCAAAGUUCAAGACCGUGUGCAUGGACUCGUGUAAGUAUGGCAGUAAAAACACAAACAAACAAACAAUCGUGUAAGUACUGUGAGCCUCCUUGCCGAGUUCAUAGACACACGACAGCUUUUGAAUCUUCUAGCCGUUGGUGCUGAGUGAACGCUCACACGCUGUUCACACAGUAGUCUUUAUAAGCAGUGGAUGAUGUACAUAGACACUCAUAGCCUCGUUUGGACCUACAGAUUUCACUUUGUUAUUUUUCUGCAGAAACUAAUAUUAUUAUUUGUGUAUAUUGUUGAUGAGACUACGUGUUUAUCCCAGGAUGCACUCUCCACAUGUUUGUAUGCGCUGCUGACAUUGUCUGAGUAUAAAGGAGUAUUGUAAGAUGAUAAGUUUUGUUAUAUUGAGCUGAAGGUACACAAGGUCUUUCUUCAAGACAACAGAAUAAACAUGUGUUUACAUAGGAGCUACACUUGUGUACCACUCGAUAAUAAAAAUUUGUUUUGUGCUAUUUCAUGUUUGUCUGUCGGCAAUGUCAUUAUUAUAUUACAUAACUAGUUUAAAAUGUGUUGACGUCCUGUAUACAUGCUUGAUGUAAUAACACUUGGUAUGAAGAAGCUUUUGCUGUAAGACACUGUGCUUGAAAUCCGUUUAUAGGUAAAGGUGUGGUGUUGACGCAAGGGAGUGUACUCAUGUCAACAUAUUUCACAGCUCUGCGAUUUUUUUUUUUUUUUUUUUUUUAGAAAAGUCAGGCACAAACACAAACAGAUAGACACACACGCAGGUAGAUGCCCAAAGACAUUAGCACAGUUCUGAUUUACCUUUCGCUCUUUUUUUAACCUGUAGUUAUCUCCCCUCUCACAUCCCCUCGUUCUCUGUGUACCCUCCGUAGUUUACUCACUCAGAUCUUCUCGUUCUUUUUACAGUUCUAACAAUCACUCCCACACAUUCAGUCGCACCAUACAUGACACCAUACAGCAAAAAGAAUAUAUUAAGUGCACGUCCAGACCAAAUAAUCGGAGUUAUUUACAGAAUUCCUACUUCUCUUUUCCUUCAUUAACGGAAAACAAAAUGUCAUCAACUAGAAGUUUACAACUGUCAUCACUGUAGUCAAUUAAUUUUAUUCGCGUAUAACAACCUGACAUUACAAACAAGAAAGGUGUUCAAAAAUUAUUUAGUUCACUGUUCGCUGCAUUUUAUUUUUAUUUCUAUGUGGUCUGACGAAUAAAUGUAUUUUUACUUGUUUACAAGGUAAAUUGUAAAGCAUGUACUUUAAUUUCUGACAUUACUAUUUGCUUACAUGGUAAAUUAUUGAGAAUGUACAUUUACUUCUUUCAUGAUUAUUUCAAUGCCACAUUGAUCCUUGUUACCCUGGUGCCUGUUGAACAUUGCUCCUGUCGCCAUAUCCUGGUUGAAGACGGGAGAGCCAAGCAAUAUGUUCGCUGGACGAACUUGUUACAGUGCAUUGUACGCCGAUAUUGCUCUCAAUACAUAUCAUUACUGCUGAUUAUAAGUACUUAUUGUACUGUGUACAACACAAAGUUAAUAAAUAUUGAAAACAU